AUGUACAAAAAAUACAAUCUUCCUGAAAAUAUUGAAUUGUUAAGUCACGCGCUCUCUGAAUCAGAUUGCGAUAUAACGAAGACAGACAAAGGGUUGAUUUUUGAAAUUUUAAUGCUGACGUCUCUUGUUCAUAUCGUAGAAGGUAACUUUGAGUCAGCUCGUAAAUUUAUCCGUCAAUGUCUGAUUGGAAAAGAUCUACUUGAUAUGGACGACUUGCAAACGUUAAUAGUGUGGACGCUGUAUUUGGAAAUACCCACAGUUAGACGUGAAUUACAAAUUCAGGAAUUCGACACGAUUAUUCGUUUAUUAACAAGUUUCAUAGAAGAUGAAGGUGUGAGUACACAAGGCUACAUUUUGCUCAACAAACUUGGUCAAGUCUUCCUAUUGCAAAAAAAUUACGACACAGCUUAUCAAUGUCUUCAGCGUGCGCUUUCCAUGGGGCUUCAUAUUUUUGGCCAGAAUGCAAUUUUUCUCAUGCUUCCAACAAUGUUGUUGGGUCAAGCUUCGUUAUAUUUGCUCAUGUACGAUGAAAGCCGAUUUUACUUCGAACAAACUCUUGAAAUGUUCUCAUCUUGUGGAACAGGUUUUCAUUUAUUCAAAGAAGGCGAUCUUCGUUUAAUGAUCGCAUAUGUAUGCAAUAUUACUAGUGACUAUUGCAACGCUUUGUCACAUCUUCAGGAAUGCAUAGAGUCGUCAAAUGGAACAAGUCCGCACACUAUUGCUCAGGCACAUUGUAGUUUAGCUACCACAUGGUCUAGAUUAGGCGAAAGUGAAAAAGCUUGCAAGUCUGCGUUUGAUGCUAAAGAUUGUCUCCAAAAUAUCGUUGAUGUGGAAAUAAAAGCAAUGAUAACAUGCACAGUCGCUCAAACACUUGUCGAAGUGAAAAGAAGUGAAGAAGCCAUUUCUUUCCUAAAAGAGGAACUUCCUGCCCUCGAUCCUUCAAAAUACGAUUCUGAUCUUAGAGCGUUUUACCUCCAGACUCUCGCGCAGAUAUGCUAUAAAGAAGAAUUAACGUCCGAAGCUUCGCGUUACUACACUGAAUGUUUGGAAAUUUUGAACGUUAAGAAAGUUAACAUACCCGGUAUUUUGAAUGCUCACUUAGCUAUUGCGAACAUCUUACACCUAACGGGCGCGCUAUCUGAAGCAAACUCGCAAUUAAACGAGGGAUGGAACCAUGUUUUAUGCAUGAGCGACGGUGAUGAAAAGAACGGAUUUAUGAAGAAGUUUGCCGAUUGUUGGGAAAAGAUGGGGAACAUUCAACAAGCUCAAAAAUGUUACAGUGAAGUGCUCACUUCUCUAAGGUGUAAACACACAAGAAAGGUUCCAUUGUUUGAAUUUGAAUUGAUGGUCAAAUUAGGUGACCUUGCGAAGAUUGCGUCCAACGAAAAAGCAAGUUAUUUGUCGGCAGAACAACGCCAAAAGGCACAACGACUCCAUUAUGACAACGCUGCCGCAAUCUUACGACGACAUUCAGCGUCGGGCAACUUUAAUUCGUCAACCAUUCUUCUUUUUACUUUGCUGGCUGACAAAUAUCGAUCGAUUGAUGUAUUUGAACAAGAAAAACUUUUGCUUGAAGCUUUACAAAUGUGUGAUGUAGUCUACCCACCAAACGGAACAUCUGAGAUAACUGUUGAUAUAUUAUGUGAUCUAUCAGAAAUACACUGGGAUCGAUCAAAUACGUCAAAAUCUUGUGAUUACUACAUACCUGCAUUCAGAAUGGAAAUGGAAUUGCAUUCAUCAGAUCCAUACCACCAACACAUCACGGGGAAGGUUCCAAUAUUAGCAAACCUUGUUUUUGCAGAUUCAGAAAACAAAGAAAUCAGGAGUUUUGUCAAGCAAGUUGUCAAGUUCAUUGAAAGUGCACAAGGCGAAAUGGUUACCCACGAGCAAAAAGCCAAUUCUUUUACAUCUGUGUCUUAUUUGUUCAUGUUUUUAGGCGAUCUGGCAAAGUCGAGACUAUUUUACCAAAAGGCAAAUGAAAUUUUUGACAAACAAGACAGACUUCCCAAUGACAAUGCUUUUCUGAGAAUUAAGAAAAUCGUUGGAGAAAUAUUGGAUGUAUUUCCGGAAUCCCCAAACUCAGAUGCACUUUUUUUUCAACAAAUUUCAAGUGACGACGUAGCAAAUUAUUUUCGUUACAUGGGUGCAUUACCUCCAGCAUCGAAAGAAGUGAGAAAAGUGCCCGAGUUCUCUGAAUUAAAUUCAGCUUUUAAUUCUUUGAGAGUGACUGCACCUAUUGAAUCACACACACAUGGUAAUGACGCAGGCGACGCUACAGCAAGAAAUCAUUUAUUGUCAACAAACUAUUCUUUUCGUCCUGAAUCAAAUGAACUUGAAAAGUUAGGUCUAGUUGCCAAAUUUGAAACGGAUGAUUUCGAUAAUCAAAGUGGUUCAACCCAGAAACGACAAGAAAACAGAAAACCGGAAUCUAGCAACCCGGUGGACAUCAAUCUGGUUACUAAGCAAACUGGUGAAAAAUUGAUGCCAAGUUCACUUUGUGGACAAGGUACGACCAAACAACAAUCAAUUGCUGAUAGUGACGAUAAAGAAUUAUCAGAUCCUUUAACCAUUAUUUCUGGAUUAAAUGUGCUAGGAGAUUCUGUAAAAUAUGAUCUUCACUCAGGCAACUUCAAACAGGCAAAGGAGACGAUGGAAUCUUUUCAUCCUUUGUUGGUGCCAGAUUUGGAUAAGUACUGUCCGAAUGCAGCUGACGUUUUUAUUAGUGAGGCUCAUCGGUGCAACGAAGGGAAAAGAAUGGAGUUGAUGCUCCCAUAUUUAAAGGUAUCUGCUCAGUUUACGUCUGAUAACAAGAAAAAGGCAGAAAUAUCGAAGUUGAUGGCAGAAUCUCACUUUCAUAGCAGAAAGUAUAAAAUGGCAACAAUCCAGUUUGUUGAAGCUGCAACUUAUUACUCCUGUCAUACUGAUACCGAUAGUGUGGUGGAUUAUUUAGAAAUUUUGUCGGGGCUAACCAGAAGCCACAUGCGUUGCAAUGAUUUGGAAGACGCGCGGCGUGUUUGUGAAGAGGCAAUCGAGUUCACAUCUAGUUUAGAAUGUGGUUUGGUGAAGUUACAACAUGAGGCAGAGUUCUCGUAUUUAGUAGCUACUUGUCUUGUGCGGUUGGCUAAGAUGAACAAGCAAACUGAGAGCACGAGUUUGGAAAAGGUGGCAUCCUAUUGUCAAAGAGGAAUCUAUGUAAUCGAAACCGCGGAACAACAGUUGGGGUCGAGCGAUGUAGUAGACGAGCUUACUGGAGAUGUGCGGGGAAAAUUGUUUGCUUUCAAAUGUGAAAUUCAACUUUUGUUAGCCAAAUCAUAUUUGCAACUCGGAAAGAAAGAACUCGCAGAUACUAUUGUGAAAGAAAUGAGCGAAUUUCUACAAAAUAUUUCUGUCGUUGAGAUGUUUUCUGAAGAAACCUGGCCAGGAGAUAAGAGUGAUUAUUUGAAAAUUUGCCGACGCAUGUUUUCCUGGAUUGGUCGUGCUCAGAUUUUGUCCGGCAGAAAAGAACAUGCAAUUGCUUUACUUGAAGAGUCACUUUUGUUGUUUUUAUCAAAUAAUAACGUAGCUCAUGUUGAACAAGAGGAGUUUAUUGAUUUACUGGAUGCAUUUACAGCUACCAAGGAAGUUAAGAACGAGAACGAAAUUACGCCUUUUUACCGAACUAUUCAAUUCUGCAAAGAGAAGUUCCUAGAAAGAAACAGUCAUGUUGAAGAACUCCUGACAUUUCUUCAAACUUUAGCAAGCUAUUACGUCGAGUGCGAGCGAACAGAAGAAGCGAUUGUUGUGUACGAAAUUAUGGUACCGGUAACCGAGUGCAUGGGAAGUUCGAUAGGGGAACGAUAUGGCCAUUCGCAGAUAUUACUGUCCUUAGGUAAUUGCCACCAGCGACAAGCUCUUAAACGUACGGGAAAAGGAACCAUCGAGGAGCGUCGUUUAGCUGAAAAAUGUUAUCAGAUGAAGCUGGAAACAAACGAGCCUGCUACACUUCUUAGAAAAGUUAAAUAUUUGGAGAUGCUAACUGCAGAAAACCGUCUUGAAGAGGCUAGUGGUAUUAUCGCUCAGAUAUUUGAAGUUGGAGACAAGAUAUGGGAUAUGAUGGUAAUAUUUCCGUACUCCUCGCGCGAUCCUUCCGUUCAGAGUUACCUUUCAGAUCACGGUGAAGUCGCUACAACUGUGGGGUGCGUUGUUUACAGCACGCUUUUGCGCGUAUUUCUUGAGAUGGGAAAGAAAAAAGAAGCAGUAGAAACUUGUGAAGAACUGUCCAAAAAAGGUCACGACGUUGAGUUUUUGUUCAAGCGUCCUUCUUUCAUGCCAUAUCUUCUUGCUUACUGCCACAAAAUGUUGGUUUCGUCCCUUGAAAAGAAAGACAACUUGCACUUUCAAGAUUCGGAUUUUCCGCUCUCGGACAAAAACGUCGCGCAAGUGUACUACGAAAUGGGUGAAUACGAGGUAGCGUUAGAAUACUGCGAGAAAGCGUUGUCGUUUGUUGGUUCUUCGCCUAGUGCGCUUUCUCAAGAUUUAGUUCAAAUGAAGCUUGGUUGUUUGCGCCUUUCUGGAAAUGCGUUGGUGUUGCUCGGAAAAGGAAACUAUGCGUAUUCGUAUUAUAUUUCGUUUCUGGAAUUGCUCGAAGCUCAUGAUGGGAUUUUGAAAAAAUCGUUUGAAGAUCAACAGAUUAUUCUUGGCAAGUACGAUUUUGCCGGUCUAUAUUUCGUGUACCGUACCUUAGGGAUUCUGGUCUGCAGAGCUGGAGAUGUUGAUGGAGCAAUAAAAGUUUACGAAUAUUGCAGCAGAGACUUAAAUGCUGAUUACCAAUAUGGCCAUGGUUUAGUGGCAACACUAGCUGAGCUUUACCAAACCAAAGCAUUUGCGACAUUAGAUGACGACGAAACGGCGUAUUCAAUGUGGAUAAACAAAGCAAAAGCAUGCUUUGAAAAUUACUUUCAAACAGAAGAUAAUCCUGAUCCAUUCGUAGAAACAGCAUUCGGGGCGCUCUUAUACCGGCUAGAAGAACACCAUAAAGCAAUUUUUCAUUUAGAAAACGUCAUUCAGGGAAACGAUAAAACGAUAGUGCAGUUCAGUGAAGAAGACAUACCUUUGGUUGGUGUUCAUCUUGCACGAGAAAUUGAAGCGAGAAAAGAAAUUUAUCUUCCAUUGAAUAUUUAUGCGCUCCUCGUUGCAGCUUCUCUUUAUAGAAAGUUAAACAAGACUGACAAGGCCGAACAAGUUGUUUGUAAGAUGGAAAAUCUAUGCUCUGGGCUCAAGUUCGAUCCAAAUUACCCUUUAAUUCUUUCAGUCUUGGGUUAUGCACACAAAGAUAUUGGUAACGAUGAUAAAGCAGCCGAAAUAUUCCGAAGCGUGCUUGACGUGCAACCUGGUCAUAUUCCUGUGACAAUCGCACUGCAAGACUGUUUGUCUGCUGAUAAACAUACGUCAAGCUAUUAA